CCCCUCCCCCUGACAUCAGAGGAGGCAGAGGCGCUCCUUCGCCCCGGUCCAAACUCCUCUUACAAAGCCCGACAUUAUAUCUGUCAGACAGGAGACCUGCAUGGACAAAACCGGGACUAAUACCAAUGUUUUCGUGCGUUUUACGGCAAUGAGGGAUUCCAGAGGCUUAACGCACCUCCAAUUACCAAAGAAGGGGCUAUUAAGCUCAAUUAUUUGUUAGAAAAGAGUGGCGAAGGAGAAGGGGUGUGCAUGUUACUCGGUGGGCUUCAUUUCCUCGGUGCUGCAGAGCAGGAGCUGGAUGACAUGAUGCUGCAGAGCCCGCUCACCUCCACGCCGUUUUCUGUCAAGGAUAUCCUCAAGCUGGAGCAGCAGCAGCAGCAGCAGCAGCAACAACAGCAGCAGUCCGGGUCUCUGGAGCUCCAGCACCGGGCCCACACCCAGCAGCAGUUAACCGGGUCUCCUCCCCAGCAGCAGCAGCAUUUCCAAUCCCCGCCGUCCUGCAUGCUCGCAGGGGCCCGGGACAGUCCUUCCUUCUCGGACGGAGAGGACAACCUGGCUUACCUCAGCGCGCUGGCGGUGCGGGAAGAGGACCGAGGGGAGACCAGCCUGUCCCCGGACAUGUACGUUCACCCCGGCCUGCAGGGAGCCAAGCUGGAGGCCGCCGAGCUGGACGAGCAGGAGAACAAGAGCUGUGGCUUGGUGUCCCGAGAUGAGGCAACGGAAGGCGGGCAGGGCGACUCAGAGAGGCCGGUGCAGAAGCAGAGGAGCCGGCGGAGACCCAGGGUGCUCUUCUCCCAGGCGCAGGUCUUCGAGCUGGAGCGGCGCUUCAAGCAGCAGCGCUACCUGUCCGCCCCUGAGCGGGAGCACCUGGCCACCACCCUCAAACUCACCUCGAACCAGGUGAAGAUCUGGUUUCAGAACCGGCGCUACAAGUGCAAACGGCAGCGGCAGGACAAGUCUCUGGAGGCGGCGGGGCAGCACCACCCUCCGCCGCCCCGGCGCGUCGCCGUGCCGGUGCUGGUCCGAGAUGGGAAGCCGUGUCUGGGCGGUGCGCAGGGCUACGCCGCUGCUGCUCCGUACGGAUCCAACCCGUACAGUUAUAACGGAUACCCGGCAUAUACAUACAACAGCCCCGCUUACAACACCAACUACAGCUGCACGUACACCAGCAUCCCUGCCCUCCCUCCGUCCAGCUCCUCGAACGCCUUCAUGAACAUGAACUUGGGAAACAUGAACGGCCUCAGCGGCUCCCCACAGGCCCAAACACAUCAAGGGACAGCGGUCACAUCGUGCCAGGGCUCCCUGCAGGGGAUCCGGGCCUGGUAGCCUCAUCACUACAGAACUGGUGUCUCUCUUUUUUAUGGAGCUCUUUGAUUUUGGUGAACAGACAAGCUUUUAGAAGUGUGUAAACUUGGUCAAAACACCUCAGAAAACAGUAUUGCUUAUGUAACGGAUGUGAGUUUGGAUUCACCUGUCAGAUGAGAUGAAAUGUCACUCAUAUUUUUGGCUACUUCGAAUAUAUUAUAGCCGAAGUAAGUGUGCGUAACGGCUGGACGUCACACUGUGGCAUCUGAACAGUCACAGCUUGGGUGAAAUUUCAUUUUAUGGUCCAAUAAUUCUCGGUGCUCCAGUUUGGCACUGUAGGACUGCAGCACAGAGGGGAAAUUACGCACAAGGUUGCGCAUUUCUCCUUAUUUGAACUCCAAAAGAUGAUUAUUUCUUUAAAUGUUUGUUUUUAACACGGUAUAUUUUUAGGCUUUGGAGAGACUGAAUUGCUUUAAAGUGUUUUUUUUUUCAAACAGAGAAUUGUUUUAGUCUAUUUCACAUCUAUUCAAAUAAAUCAAAGAAACGAGAAAA